AUGCGACGCUCUACGUUCCAUUCGUCUCCCGCAUUCGGCGGCGGCGUUAUGCUGGCAGCUGCCCACUCCCCGCACUCCUCUCCAUCUCCGCCACCGCCUCCCCGCGCAAGCGGCUUCACCCUGUCGUCCUCCCCUGACCUCCCGCCGCCAGCCGCAGCGCCACAGCCGGUGCGUCGCUCUUCGCUGUCCCAUGCCCUCGGGACCGCCGCGCCGCCUCCCGCGCCUUCCCCGCCCUCCGCCGAGUUCGCGCCUGCUGCUACCUCCGCCGUCGCCAGCGCCCCUACCGCCUCUUCGAAAUUGUCGCGCAAGUCUGGUCGGUGGGACUUCUUUCGCUGGGCGGGCGAGGAGGAGGACGAGUUGAAUGAAGCGGAGGAGGUUGAUGGGGAGGGGGAGGAAGCUGAGGAGGAAGUGAAAAACGGAAGGCCGGGGGAGGAAGGGAAGGAGGAGUGUGAGGACUUCCUAUGCGCGAGUCCCGCCGCCAUUCGCGGCAGCGAGCUGCGAUGGGGUCGCGAGAGCGAGCGCAUGAGCGCCAGCUUCAGCGGUGCCGAUCGCGGCGGCAGCAGGAUGGCGGUGACUGCGACUCGAAGCGACAGCAGCGCUGGCGUCGGCGGAGCCAUUUGCGGCGUCGAUCGCGGCGGUGCGCACAGCGGUGCCGCGGAGCCGUAUACCCUAUUGGAGUUCCCCCCGAGGGGGAAGAGCGGAAUCAGCGCGGCCGCGCCUCUCCCCGUCUCUCCGCCCGCCCGCCCGCCCGUCCUUGCUCUCCUCUCCGCUGCCCGCGCGGGGCUGGCGGCGGGCGCGCAGCCGGUCUCUGCGCACGGGGGCCUGGGCGGAGCAUACAUCUUCCGCGACGAGUCUUGCGCCAACCUUGCGAUCGUGAAACCCGCGGACGAGGAACCGCUUGCGCCUAACAACCCCAACGGUUACGUGGGGCGCGCGCUGGGGCAGCCGGGGCUGAAGCGGAGCAUCCGCGUGGGGGAGGCGGCGGGGCGGGAGGUGGCGGCGUACGUGCUGGACCAUGGCGGGUUCGCGGGCGUGCCGUGCACCGCGCUCGUGUGGGCCGCGCACCCCGUGUUCCACGUCAAUGCUCCGCCGCCCCUUCCGCCGCCCCUUCCGCCGCAGCAGCAGCAGCGGGGGCACCACCAGCAGCGGGAGCAGCGGGAGCCGGCGCAGGCGCGGGAUGGGGAGCAGGCGGCGGCGGAAGCGGAAGCGGAAGCGGGCGCGCAGUUGCGGCUGUGUUCGAUGCAGCGGUUCGAGGAGCACGACUUCGACGCGAGCGAGCACGGCACGUCGCGCUUCCCUGUUUCCGCCGUGCACCGCAUGGGCAUCCUCGACGUGCGCCUUCUCAACACGGACCGCCACUCGGGGAACAUCCUCGUGAAACGGCUCGGCGGCUCGGAGGGCGAGGAGGAGAAGCGCGGGGGGAGGCGGAGUAGUUCCGCGCACGCGCACGCACUCCUGCGCGCGGAGGAUGACGUGCGGCUGAUCCCCAUCGACCACGGGUUCUGCUUGCCUGAGACGCUGGAGUCGGCCUAUUUUGAGUGGCUGCACUGGCCGCAGGCUUCUCUGCCCUUCUCCCCCGACGAGCUCGAGUACAUAGCCGCGCUAGACGCCGCGCGGGACGCGCAGCUGCUGCGCGCGCACCUCCCCGCCAUCCGCGCGGGCUGCCUGCGCGUGCUCGCGGUCACCACGACGCUGCUGCAGCGCGCGGCGGCGGCGGGGAUGACUCUGGCGGGGAUAGGCGCGCUGAUGACGCGCGAGGUGCAGGGGCGGGAGGAGCGCCCGAGCGACCUGGAGGUGGCGUGCUGGGAGGCGCUGCAGGCGGUGGCGCAGGGGGGAUACGGGAAAGGGGAAGGGGAGGGGGAGGGGGAGGGGGAUGGGGAGAGGGAGUGGGAAAGGGAGGGGGAGGGGAUGUGGAGGGUGGAGAGUGAGAGUGAGGAUGGGGUGGAGGGGGGGAUUGUUGAGGAAAGGGACGAGGAUGAGGAGACCAGUGAGGAGGGCAGUGAGGAGGGGAGUGAUGAUGGGAGUGAAGAAGGAGAAGAUGCGUGGGAGUGUCCUAGUUGGGCUGUGGGCGGUGAUAGCUAUGCUGCUUCUUCUGCCAGUGGUGCUGGUGCUGGUGAAGACACCAGCACAUGUGCCGCUCUCAGUGGCAGCAACAGCAGCAGCAGCAGCAGCAGCAGUGUACCGCCGGUGCUGUUUGCCCCCAUCAAGGCAGGAUGGCGAUGGGCGGACGCUGCUGAUGAGGAGGACGAGGAGGAGGAUGCGGCGGUUGACUGUGCUGGUGCUGGUGGCCUUGCUGCUGCUGCUGCUGCUGCUGCUGCUAGCGGUGGUGAUGCUGAUGCGGAUGUGAGGAGUCCCCAUGGCGAGCAGUUUCACUUUGACGAUGAAGCUGACUUCCUGCGACGCUCCUCCACCACCACAACCGCCACCACCUCCAGUGCCACCGCCACCUCAAUCACCACCGCUGACUCCACCGCCACUGCUGCUGCUCUCACAACAGCCACCUCUUCAGUUCCUCGCCCGCCAUCCCUCUGUUCCCUGGACCCUGCUCUCCCCAUGUCACCACCAUGCACAAGCGCACCACUGCUUGACAUCCUCCGCCUUGCUCCAGGCGACGCUAGCAGCCCCAUUCUCCCUGCCAUCCCUACUGGCUCUUCCUGCCCUGCCACCCCUGCCACCCCUGCCAACCCUCCCACCUCUGCCAACCCUCCCACCCCUGCCAACCCUCCCACCCCUGCCAACCCUGCCGGGCCUGCCGGUCCUGCCGUUCCUGCCAUCUCUGCUGCAAUCCCUCCUGUCCCGGCUGUGUGCUCCCAGGAUUCCAUCCAAUCCGCCCUGUGCAAUCGCUUCGCACCCACCAGCAAGACCCCGCUGCCGUCUCUGCCAUCCCUGCCGUCUCUGCCGUCUCUGCCAUCCCUGCCGUCUCUGCCGUCUCUGCCAUCCCUGCCGUCUCUGCCGUCUCUGCCAUCCCUGCCGUCUCUGCCGUCUCUCCCUGCGUUCCCGUCUGCGCUCUCGUCUCUCCCGGCGCUAGAGCUCUCGCCGUACCUCUCGCCCCUCUCCCUGGCCGCGCCUGGCGGCAGCUGUGACUCGCUGCUGCUGGUGGCUCACACCGAUGCCACUGCAGCAGCAGGGGAUGUGGACCAAGGGUCGCUUGGGCAGGUGCAGGAGCAGGGGCAGCAAGGGCAGGUGCUGUCACUGUCUGCUUCUUUCCCUGCGCUGCCUGCAACAGCGGACUAUCCCGGCUGUGGCGUUUCCGACACGGCUCUCAAGUCACCUCCUCUGCUUCUCUCAUCCUCCUCCUCCUCUUCUUCGUCCUUGUAUCUCAACAGCAGCAGCAGUGUCGCUACGCCUCCCACUGCUUCCUCUUCCUCUCACAUUCCCACCUCGCGCACCCCCCUCUCUUCCUCCUCUUUCUCCUCCUCCUAUGCCCCCCCGCCUCGCCUCGCCUCCAGAGCUCUGUACCGGCGACCAGUAGGGCAGAUGCAAGGAGCAGGAAAGGCAGGAGUGAGGAGGCACCAGCAGCAGCAGCGCCACCAGCACCAUCACCAGAAGGAGCAGCAGGAGCAGCAGGAGCAGCAGGAGCAGCAGGAGCAGCAGGAGCAGCAGGAGCAGCAGGAGCAGCAGGAGCAGCAGGAGCAGCAGGAGCAGCAGGAGCAGCAGGAGCAGCAGGAGCAGCAGGAGCAGCAGGAGCAGCAGGAGCAGCAGGAGCAGCAGGAGCAGCAGGAGCAGCAGGAGCAGCAGGAGCAGCAGGAGCAGCAGCAUAGGAAGGUUGGCCUGAGCCAUUCACUGGCUUGCUCGCCUAUGCCGCGGUGUGCAGGCCGGGGAGGAGGGCGCUCGGGAGGAAUGGCAGGAGCAGGGGGAGGGAAACCAGGGAGGGCAGGGGCAUGGAUGGAAGCAGCAGCAGGAGCAGGCGGACUAGCAGCAGGAGGAGCGGCAGCAGGGGGAGCGGGAGGAGCAAGGGAGGAAGGGCCUGGGGAGUGGGUGGAUCUGGGGGAGGUGAGGGAGGAGGCGUGGGGGGAGUUCAUGUGCGUGCUGGUGGGGAUACUGGACGAGCUUAUAGCUCAGCGGUGCGGGGACUGUGUCGCUCGCAGGCUGCACUUUGGAACCUCGUGCCAGUUCUGA